AUGGGUAAAAGUAAGACUAACAAAUUUAGACGUCCACAGUUCAACGCAGAGGGACUGUCGGUAACUGCUGUAAAGGAAGUGGAAGAGGACCACGAUGAAGUCUGUGAUGGAGUCGACUCUCCAGCUGGGGAGUUAUUGGAGAAAUUGCAGAGUCCCAGUGCCGAUGUGCGUGAGUUUGCUUGUGCCAACAUAUCACGCGUGGUGCAGCAGAGCCAGACCAUCCCAGGCUUCCUCCAGCGGGAUGCGGUGAGACGUCUCGGGCCCUUACUGCUGGACCGCAGCCUGGCCGUCAGGGAGACUGCCACAGGGGCACUCAGGAACCUGAGUGCCUGUGGGGGUCAUGAGGUGUGUGAGGACAUGGUGAAACAGGACGUCAUGACUCCUCUGACUGCUCUGCUUCGAGAGUGCUGUGCUGGGUUUGAGACCAAUGAUGCCCUCUCGUUAAAAGGGCAGAAAAACACAGUGGAAGAUGUAGCCAAUGAAGCAGUUAACUUGCUGUGGAAUCUCUGUGAGAGCAGUAGCCAGGCACUCUCUGUGUUCAACAAAGCAGGCAUUCUGGAUGUUAUCCUACAGUGUCUAGAGCGACACACUCACAACAUCAAGCUGGCUUUGUCUGCAGCCCACUGUUUGCACACAGUGACUGAGGACAACGCAGAGUUGCUGUGUAGUAUGAACAAUGCUGUAUUAGGGACUCUAGAGAGUGUGUUGCUAACCUCACAGGCGGACAUGGCUCACACACUGCUCAGGACACUGGCUGCAGGGUCAGUGUGGAACCUGAAGAGCAGCCUGCCCACGGCCCGCCAGGCCCAGACCCUCAACGCCUUGAUGGCCACCCUGUCCAAGUGCUUGGAGCUGGAUGCUGGCACGCUGAUACCCCAGCUCCGCCAGGCUGAGGUGGCCCGAAGUGCCACUGCCUCAGAGGCAGGGAACAUGGAGGACCACCAGGCAGCUGCAGGGAAUAUGGCUGUAGAGGAGAUGGAUGAUGAUGAGGAGGAGGGGGUUGGACUGAGGAGGAAUGGAAAGGCAACCAAGAUGGAUAAAGACUUCUCUGACCUCCUACCUAGGGGCAAGGAGGAGCUGAGGGAGGCGACGGCCUUGCUGACAGCCCAGCAGACGUCCUUGGAGAUCAUCGUCAACAUGUGCUGCUCUGAUGACCUGUCAGACGAUGAGUGGGAGGAGGCGUCGAGCAGCGACGAGAGUGAGAUGUGUCCUGACGGCCUCUCUGAAGGGAACACCAGCCUCCUGUCCCCACUGUGUCUGUCUGCUGAGGUCCACGGGGCCCUAAUCAACCACAAUAUCCCAGAGAAGGUUCUCAAGAAGACCCAGUUCCCCAGCAGCGAGGCCAUGGAUGUAUGUCGUCACAAUCCCACCUGGAAAAUCUUGAUGAAAAAGAUGCAUCGGGUGCAGUACAGGGCCCUGACGUGCCUUCACAACAUGCUGUCUACUAUGGACGCUGAGUCCCUAGGGGGAGCAGCCGCUCUUCAGGCUGUCGCACAACACCUGUCCACGCUGGUCUUCAGUGCUCCAGAGAUCCCUAAGGAGGAGGAAUUCCUUGAGGCAGUUACCAGUGCCAUGCGAUCCCUCUUACAGAUCAUAGCCUAUAUGAAAAUCCCACAGUGUAUGACUCCCCAGCAGCUGAUGAGCCUGAGCGAGGCGGCGACCCACUGUGACGUGGUCAGUGUGAGGGUGAAUGCUCUGGCCAUCCUAGGCAUCACAGGAAGCACACUGGCUAAAGAGAAGGGGACAGCUGAAACUCUGCAGAUGAUUGGCAAUGCCUUACUCCAAGUUGCUACAAAGGAUGCCAACCUUGUGGUUUGUGGAGAGGCCCUGGAUGCUCUGUUUGAUGUUUUUGCAGAUGGAGACGAGGCAGAGAGAGCAGCUAAAAACAUCAACUUACUGUCUGCUCUGAAGGCACUUCAACCCGUCUUCAAGGCUAAGAUUCGUAAAGAGGGGAAGGGAAAGUACAGCCCUGAGCAGCUGUGUGUGCUGGACAACAUCAAAGUCAACCUAAGAAGGUUUAUUGGCUACCUGGAGACUGUGGUAAAAAAAUGACAGCAGCCUGACACUACGACACCAUCUGACUGACUGGCUGACAUAAGAUGAAAUUACUCAUAAUAUACAGUACAAUGGACCCAGAGUUGCCCAUAGAGCCUUGGGACAGAACAGAGGGAAUGGGGUUGAGGGGAAUUCCCUAAUAGACCCUCAUUAAAGGGACAGUUCAUUCCAAAAUCAUUGUUUUGGAGUGAGCUAUCCCUUUAACAUCUAUAGAACUGAUUUUCAUGUUGGUUAUCUUUUUGUUUUAACGUUCUGACUGAAAUGCAUAACUAUUUUCCUUGGUAGGUGAGUGUUUACAUAAUUAUGUGUACAAAAAUUUUAAAAAACGUGCGCUAUUUUGAAUUAAUGUUGCAGUACAUAGUGACACAUUGUUUUACUUUAUGUAUAAAAGUACAUUUCAAUGUGCUCUAUUUUAAAGAAAUUGACAGAA